GUUGGAGACAACACGUUUUCGCAGAUAAUCCGAAUAGACGGCUGACAGGGACACAGAGGUUGAACCUUCACGAGAAGUAUCGGAUUGUGGAAGCGUUUGGUACAACAUGUUGUUACCACUACUAACUAGUAAUUCGACGCGGUUUUUACCAGGAGCUUGAGCUAGUACUAAGUCUAGAAACUGCUGCCUUUGGCUUUGCUCAUCAAAAUCACAAACAACUUAAAACCUAGUAUUUAUCUUGUCACCUACAGCUCGCUCACGCGACGAACUGCAGACCAAUUUCUAUGUUCCACGCAUUCAGCAGAUGGUUGAAGAGAUCUAUGGCCUGCUCGUCACUCCCAUUUUGCUGCUCGUCUAUCUGCCAGCUGCCUCUAUCGACAUCUGCAAUUUCCUUCGGAAUACUCUGUAUGAAAGCGAAAACCUGGGAGAUUGGUGCAGUCUAGGCUGUUUCGAAUUGGACAAGACGGAUCCAAGACUAAGCAGAGACGGAAAAAUCGAGAAGAGUGCACUCAGCUUUGCUUUCAUGUACUCCUUCUAUCAUUGAAAGCAUCUAUCACAACUAUGUAUAUAAUUCCACGUUGACAUCUUCUUUACAACUGGAACUACCUAGUUGUACCUUUCGUUUUUUCAGCUGCAGCUAACUACAACUACAAGUACAACUUCGAACCUUUUCAAAAAGACAACGAUCCACUUCCAGAGGAACGCCGAACAUCAUCGAUCAGGUACCGCAACACACCAAGCCACGAUGAAACUCUUACUGGCGGGCUUGUUGGGGGCGGCGAUGACGGAGGUGAAAUCAUGGAAUUGACGGAGAUGAGUACAACAGCGUCAAAGAGGCCAAACAAGGCAAAGCAAGAUGCAAGAGUAGAAAGACAAGAAGAACCUGCAGAGGUCGCAUCGUCCUCUAGUCGAAGCAAGAAGACCACAGGAGCAGCAGGUGGUAAGUCGUCUCCUGGAGGACGAGGCGCCGACGAGAGCAGUGAUGACCAGGUCCCUACAACGGCAACUUCAACCACAAUGGGUGCAGGAGCAGUAGAGCCAACAUCUGUCACCACAGGGACAGCAGGAGCUGCGACUACUUCUUCUAGCCGUUCUUCUGCGCGUCGUGGCGACGUCUUGGACCUCGGAAUAAAGGCACAACAAGCCUGGGGCUACCCGAUGCAUGUUCUCCGCUUGUGUCACGAGGUGGAGCACAUCGCGAAGCAGAGGCUUGACGAUUACAACUACCUUCCCACAGCUUUGACAGAACUAGGAGAACGCUUCGUCAUGCGACAAUCGAAUGGACAGUAUCGGAUGCUUUCACCCGCUCAACCGCUGGACUUCGAUCGACCGAUCCAUUUCGACUCUGCGCACUACUUCUGGCUGGAAGUCUACUUGAGGGAAAGAGAAGAACGCAGAAGAUAUCAGCGGGAAGAAGACUUAUGAAUAUGAUAAAAACGGGUUGUAGUUCAACAAGGCGGAAAUGGAAAAAUAAAUUCCUGAUAACUUAUCUCAUAGAUGCUGACGGGAACAAGACGGGAAAAAUAAUUCGUGAUAACUCGUCUCAUAGAUGCAGCUGACAGUGGCACUGAGUCCUUGUAUUGACAAGAAUGAAGAGCUGCAGCCUUUGCUAUUGCUUUUCUCCCUGAUUACUUGACUAGAAUCCCCUUUUUCUCCCCUUUUUCUCCCCUUUUCUCUUUCAUACCACGAUGGGGGGUACUAUAGUCGCCCUCCUGGUGCCAUGUCUCUUGGUGGUGAAGACACAGCUGGAGGUGGGCCUCAUAUCGCAUCUAGUGGCUCAUACGAUCGCGAAGGUCGUGACAUCCGCACACAGUACACCUACAGAUACGCUUCUUCCGCGACAUACCAUCCGCCAGUGAUGCCAUUCGGUCGCAAUAGUGAACAGGUGAGUGGCGGAAAUGGUUCUUACUAUCGUUAUGGUCCGGGAGAACAAGAUGAAGGUGGGGAGAUGCAAGAUCAGGCCGGGCCAGGUGUGCAGAGAGGGCUUGCGCCGACGAACAUGCAGCAAGCAUGUAGUGUGAUGUAGUAGAAGGAGUCUCUGCUAGCCCUCUCAAGAUGGGGUUUUCUCGCUAGCGAUUUUUUGCGUUUUUUUCGACAAUCCGUGGUGUUAGCCACGACGAAGAUUUGACUUUUUCUGGAAGGCAGAUGAACGCUAGUUUUUAACUGGAGUUUUCGAUUUACUUACCAUUCUUCACAAAAUGUUUGAAUUUUUCGCACUGUAUCUGUUGGGAAACCUUCAUCCAAGCAAAACUCCAUAUCAAGACUCUUUUGCGAUCAUUGCGCUUGGACUUACUUACGCAUUUUUAGGUGAAAUGGGACUUGACAGAGAGUGUAAAAGAGGUGUAGGUUAUCGAUGUAAGUAGCCGCAGACGAGGACGUGUAGGUGUAGUGAAGUCGAUAGCGAUUUU